AGCGAGAGGCGGGAUGGAGAAGGGGGAAAUCCGAGUAAGCCUAAAGCCGCACUGUAUGUACAUGUAUGUAUAUAAACGGAAUCGAGAAGAAAUGUAGAUGGGGUAGCCCAGCUCACUCACGAUAUGUACAUACAUAUCAUUCUCUUGAUGCUUGAUGAUUAUUCUUGAUUUCACGGUUGACUGGGCAUAUUGUUUCUGUCUCCUGUCAAAGGAAUAAAAUCCAUGAAAAGGCAGUAACUCUUGAUUCACAAUGGCAGAGAAAGACAAAAUUUCCCCAUUGGCCGCACUGCAGAAAAAUGAGAGAUUAAAAAACUAUGAUGAAACACACAGAGUGUACAUUGCCAAAGUUCCACCUGAUGUCAAUGAGCAAGGCUUGAUUAACAUCUCUGAGAAACUUAUUGGCGCAGUUCCACUUCAUUCCUAUAAACAUCAAGAUGAACAGGCUAGUAAUGACUGUGAAACGUGGGCUGUCAUGGAAUAUCGCUCGAAAAGGGAGGCAGAAGAGUUUGCCCUGAGGACAAAGCAGUAUCUAGGCAUUGAUGCUGAAACUGGAGUCAAGAAAAAUGAUCUAACCAUCCUAAAAGAUGAAGAUGUCCCCCUGGAGAGUCUGGCAUUGGAGGAUAUCAUUUCAUUCAAUCAUCAGCACAAAUCUGAACAGAAAAUCGAGCAGGAGGGAAAGUUCCCUUUACAGUUCUACAAGUACAAUGCGAGUGGAGUGAUGGUUACUACAAGAGGAGCAGAAAAAUAUAUUCCUGGGCCAUUUGUCAAUGGAAUUAUAGGCUUCAAUCAAAGUGCUGGUGGUUUGCACAGAAAUAGUCCACUGGAUGGAUUUCAACAAUAUUUUCGAGGAUACUAUGACGACUUUAAUGAUAUCUUGUUUGGCCUCUUCAGGAAUACAAAGAAGUCAGCUACAACUAUAUCCAAUAAGUCUCUAUUCAGCCUAGAGGAAAUGCACAUCACUUCCCAAGUUAUGGUUAUCAAACCUAAAUUUCCUCUUGUCACUGAGCAUAACUACAGAGCCACCAACAAAUUCGGAGAGCUAGGCAUGUGUUGGGCCUGCAAACGAGUAACAGCAGUGUGCUGUUCUUACUGCGGAAAGUACUUUUGUAGCUCCAGCUGCUUCUCAAAGUACUCUUCUCAUUCCUCUGACUGUUGCAAUGAAAGGAAAGACGCGAUGGAGAGCUUGUGGGCCAGAAACGGUGUGAAUCUCUUCAAUGCCACUUCACAUAUAGAAGCAAGAAAGGAUGCAGCUGGUGACCCACACUGUCCUUCCUGGAUUUGCCAGUCUCCAGCACUGUCAGGUGAAUGGCUCUCAAGGAUUACUGAAGACAAAACUCUGAAGUGUACAAUUGAGGAAAUUAUUUUUGAGUUUGGUGAACCAAUAGCUUUCCUCUUCACGCCAAAUUUUCCUCGAGAUUCAUUGUCAAACACAAACUUUUCAAGCAAUGACAAAGACUUGAAGUUUGUAGGAUCAGUCUUCACAUCCAAUAUUCCUGAGUUCCAAGUGUGGUUCAAAAUCAUUAAGGUUGGAAGUGAUAUUUGUCUUGAAUCAAUGGAGUUUGAUGAUGGAGCGCAGUCAGCAAUUGCAACACUCACAUUUGAAUUGAGAGCGGUGUGCAAAUUGAAACUCGAAAAGUGGUGCCCGUUUGACAACUCGGUUUUGACGAGCGUCCUCCCUGCUCCACCCACAGUCAAAAAUGCAGAAGUGACAAUAGCUGCAAUUUGCUGCUCCAAUAUGCUCUAUGUUAAGGGGACAGAAAAUAUGCUUCAGUCUGCUAAGUUUGAACUGGAAUUGAACUUCACUGGUAGUUGUGCAGUUCCAUGUGACGAGAUUCCACCUGUUGGGGUGUGCGUCCUCGCCAGAAGCAUGAAUGACAACAGAUUCUAUAGGGCCCGCAUUACAAAGAAACUUUCUCUGAAUGAAGUAUUAGUUCAUCUUAUUGAUAAGGGUGUGAAAGAAGUUGCCACAGUUGACAAAAUUUUCCCUCUUGGUGAAGAAUUCUUCACAACACCUACUUUUUGCUGGCUGGUAAAAUUGCAAAAUGUUGAUGAGCAACCACUGACUUCCAAAGCCAUCAUGUUCCUUCAAGAUAUGGUUGACAAGCGUACCAAACUUGCCCUUGCCGAAACUUCUUCUGGCAAUGUCAUUUUGGAAGAUGCCAAGACCGGCGUUCAAGUGAAUGACCACCUGAAAAGUUACUUGGAGCGCUCUUGGAACACACCCUCACCUCUAGAUUAUUCUGCUAAUGAUUUUUUUGAAGGCGACACCAUUCCUGAUUUUGAGUCUGUCCCACAUGGAAAGAUGAUCCGUCUUACUGUGCUCAGCGUUAAUGAACCAUAUGUCACCUGCUGCAACACAGAAAGUCCCUUAUACAACGCCAUCACGCAUUCACUUGUCGAACUGUCGCAAACAUAUGUGGAUUCUGUAUCAAAGUACUGCUAUGUUCCUAAGCACACCAAAGAUAGAAUUUGCUUGGCUCAACGAGAAGACAAUCUAUGGUACAGAGCCUAUAUCAUCAGCAGAAGGGAUAAAUCUGCUGACUUGCUCUUCUUUGAUUACUCCAUCCAUAAACUUAGCGUGCCUUACACUAAAAUUCGUCAACUCCCUGCAGAAUUUGGCCUAUUCCCAACCUUGGGCAUACCUCUGAGAUUAGCUGGAAUUUUUGAUGAUGAUCAACCCCAAGACUUGAGUCUUGCGUGCAGAGCAAAACAACUUCUGCAACCCGGCGCAAUUGUCAAAGGUGUAGUACUGAGUGGUAAAGAUGACACCGUCUUCAUCGUGCCCCAGAUUUUGUGGACUUUGACUGAUGAAGGACACAUUUCAUCUGCAAGUCUGGGAAGUGUCAGAAAGCUCCUGAGGACUGCUCCCUUCAAACUCUGCAAGGAAAUUGCUAAGUCCCUGGAUGAACUCGUCAAUGUUGCAGAGGCGUGUGACAAUUUAAGUGACAUCAAUCACAAUGCUUCCCCUGUCGACAUCAAGAUGACUGGUCAUUUAAUGAGGAUGGUUUUAUUUGAGUUAGUUCAAGAGGAGGUGAUGAAUGUUGCUGGAACUGAGCUACAAACUGCAAGAAAAGCUGCCAGCCAUCAGUUGUUGCGCUGCUUUAGAAUGGAUUACUAUUGGUGCCUUGAAGAGUGGUGUGUUGAAAAUGAGCAAAUGUUCAACACAGCUCUUGAUAACACUGACCAGAUAGCAACAAAAAAUGUUCCUGAAACAGAUCAACCUAAACCAAUUUCUCUUCUGGACAACAUUUUUGGUUCAAUUGAUUGCUGAUGUGAAAAACCGUGCAAAUAUUUCAAUUAUUCAACGCUAUGAAAUUGUGAUUAAAAAUUCAUGACAAAAACA